UAGUGUGAAGCAUGCACCACUAAGGACUCGGGAAUCGAGGGGAAAUAUAAAGGAGCUUAGCAGUAUUUUCAUACACUGGAUUGUCAGUCUCGGUUAGACAGCAGAUUGCAAACAACGCAAACAGAUGCUUAUUGUUAGAACACAGCUCAAAUAUUGCUGCUUAUCGGAGAGCAGAAUGCACGUUUAUGGAAACCAAUAGUAUUUAAAACAAACCCUCGAUCACAAGCUCAAAAGAAAACAAGCAAACUGAAAUAUAUGUAUGAGGAUACUAAGAUCAAAGAAUCAGUUCGAAGUAUCAUAACUGAAGUUAUUGAUACUGGUUCGCGAGCCUGAUGGCUGUAAGACAAGAACUGCUCCUGAACCUGGUGGUGUGGGACCUGAGGCUACUGUCCCUCCUGCCCAAUGUAUAGGUCUUCUUCAGUCUGGUACAUUUCAAGUUGAAGUUCAAGGCAAUUCCGCUCAUUAUAAAGGACAUUCAAGAAAAGUGGACAGAUAACAGGAAAAUAAAUGAUGUGCAUAAUCUCCCAAAAGUCUGCAGGGUUUCGUCCUAGUUCAUCAAAUACUCAUCACAAAAGGUCAAACAGCAUUCAUAUGCCCAAUGUGCGUGGCAUUUUUGGACAAGGUAAUUGAAACAACGGGGAACCGGCCGCUCACCUGGAAUACAUGGGAUUGUAGGUGUUGAGUACUUGGUAAUAGAUGAUCUGGUGAUUGAGCUUAACAGCAGUAAUUACAAGAACUUUAAAAGAAUUAUUACUGUGUAGAGGGACCCAAUCCAAGAUGAAGGAUGCAUCAUUCAAUGCUUAUUUUUUUCUAGGGUUAAUAGUAACUGCAAUAAUGCAAACUGUAGGGAGAAAUAUGGACUGUCCAAUGUUAUGCAUUUGUGAAAUCAGACCAUGGUUCACACCAAGAUCCAAUUAUAUGGAAGCUCCUACAACAGACUGCAAUGAUUUAAAUCUGGCAGUACUGCCACAAGUAUUACCAGCUGAGACACAGGUUUUGUUGCUGCAAAGUAAUAAUAUUUCAAAAAUCAAGAACAAAAUAGACUACUUGAUCAACCUGACAGAGAUAGACUUAUCCCAAAACAACUUUUUAGCUAUCCGUGAUGUUAACCUAGGAAAGAUGCUUCGGCUACUCUCUCUGCACUUAGAAGAAAAUAAGCUCCAUGAGUUGCCUAACAACGGCUUGCUUGGACUCAACAAUCUACAGGAACUUUAUGUUAAUCAUAAUCAGAUUUCCAGCAUUUCAUCAGGAGCAUUUACAGGGCUUGAUAAUCUCCUCCGACUCCAUCUGAAUUCUAAUCAGCUGUCCACGAUUGAAAGCAAGUGGUUUGAGGCUAUUCCAAGCUUGGAGAUUCUAACAAUCGGAGAAAACCCUAUUUCUCAAAUUCAAGACCUGAGCUUCAAACCCCUCAACAAUCUGCGGAGUCUGAUGUUAGCUGGAAUGGAACUCUCGGAAUUGGGGGAAAAUACUUUGAUUGGCCUGAACAACUUGGAAAGCAUUUCUUUUUAUGACAACAGACUUAUCAGAGUUCCCAAUGAAGCUCUUCAAAAAGUCCCUAAUCUCAAAUUUUUGGAUUUGAAUAAAAACCCUAUUCAGAGAAUACAACAAGGCGAUUUCAGAAAUAUGUUGCACUUGAAAGAGUUGGGCAUUAAUAACAUGGCAGAAUUGGUUUCUAUCGACUGCCUUGCUCUUGAUAAUUUGCCUGAACUAACAAAAAUUGAAGCUACAAACAAUCCAAAACUUUCAUAUAUUCAUCCAAAUGCAUUUUACAGAGCACCUCAGCUUGAAACGUUAAUGCUAAACAGUAAUGCACUAAGUGCCCUCUACAAGGAUACAGUGGAAUCUUUGCCCAAAUUGCAGGAAGUCAGCAUCCACAGUAAUCCAAUCAGAUGUGAUUGCGUCAUUCGUUGGAUUAACAUGAAUAAAACACGUAUUCGAUUUAUGGAGCCACAGUCUUUACUUUGUUUUGACCCACCAGAAUUCAAAGGUCAGCAUGUUCGAGAAAUUCCUUUCAGAGAAAUGACAGAUAUGUGCCUUCCAUUAAUAGCUGCGGAAUGUUUACCUUCUGAAGUAAAUUUGAACAGCGGAAGCUCCACAACCCUACACUGUCGAGCUACAGGGCAGCCAGAGCCUGAAAUUUACUGGAUCACACCUUCCGGUAAUAAGCUUCUUCCUAACACUGCAACUGAUAAAUACAAUGUAUACCUUGAAGGAACACUGGCAGUUUUUAACAUAAGCCACAAGGAAGCAGGCUUAUAUACUUGUGUCGCGCAUAAUCUGGUUGGAGCAGACUUGAGAUCGGUUAUCGUAACAGUAAAUGGAUCAUUUCCACCAUCCACAAAUGAGACAAUGAAUAUUGGAGUAAAAGAAGUUGCAGCACAUUCUAUUGUGGUGACCUGGAAGGCUGUUUCAAACAGUGUGUCAUCUAAUAUUAAAUGGUCUGCCAAAAUGGAUUUUGAUAAUCCCAAAGUUACUUACACAGCCAGAGUUCCAACAGAUACACAUAUAUAUAACUUAACACAUUUGAAUCCAUCAACUGAGUAUGAGGUAUGUAUUCAUAUAAUUAACAUUAAACAACAAACGGAAAAGAAAUGCCUCAAGGUCACAACAAAAGGAAUGGUUUUAGCAGUAAACUCAAGCAGCAGAAGAACAACCUCAACAUUUAUGGCUGCCCUUGGUGCCAUCUUUGGCGCCAUUAGCAUGGCACGUCUCUAUUUCUGUGUGACUUGGAAGAAGUACAAUUUUGGGCACAGUCAUUUAGAAAAGUACGUACAGAAUAAAGCAACAUUUCCCUUGAACAAAUUUUAUCCUCCACUUAUAAAUCUUUGGGACAAAAAUAAAACAAAGGAUGGACCACUGGAACUUAAAGGCACUGUAAUAGAUCUAUCAGCAAACUGUUCAUAAUUUUUUUUGUAAAACAAAUGUAAAAUAAAAAGCCAGUUGUAACUGGACUGCUUUUAAAUGUUGGAUACAAAAGAACACAAAAAGCACAGAUCCUGUUCACAGUGCUAACGUACAGGGAAUGGGAGAAACAUGGUCUCCUACUCAGUGCAUUUUUAAUAUGAUGAACAGACAUACACCACCACUAAUAAGGUGGAUUGGUGAGGGUCUAGCUCCUUAAAGAAUGGCAAGGGAAAGAAACACUCACCACCCAGUAUGAGUUGUAACAACCCAACAUUUACUCUGUUAAUGUGAAACUGCUCACUUCAGUCAAGAAGAUACCGUACAAUGGUACACUGAUGCUUGGCCAAGGUUAAAAGCAUUUUUUCUGUAUUUACUUAUGUAAUGUGUAGCAGUAGUGGACUGUACUAGUGGUUUCUGAGCAAUACCUCCUUUUCCAUUUAACUCAAUACUUUAGUUGGCAGGUGUUUAGAAGCUGGGCAGUUAAAAAUAGAAUGUCACAUGUGGUGUUGCUGAAUGGAUACAAUCCGUUAGACUAGAUCUCUCAACGAGUAAAAUAAAUGUGAAAUUGACUUUUUUGGAAGUAAGAUGAACAUUUUUGAAUAAACUCACAAUAUGUCUGAUUGACUUUUAAAGUGUUCAAAAUAUUGCUUUUCUGAUCUGGAGGUGUGUUAUAAGCUACAAAAACUUACUUAAAACAAACAUAAAAGAGCUAAAAAUGGAUUUCAGUUUCAUCUAAUUGGCGCAUUGCCCUGAACUAAUAGUCAACUUCAGGCUUUUUCUAUUAUUAUUAAGGUGAGAUGAAGCAUUCGAUUUUUUUUCAUUAACUGAAGUUCAACCAUAUUUCAAACCCAUUUCAAUUUCAAUCACCUCACUGUACACUAGCUCAAACAGCAGAAUACUCAAGCAUCUGUUAACCAGCUCUUUACAAAAGCACAAAUAUUUCCCACAUUUCAUUUUUAGGAGCUCAUAUUCAAUUUUUUAGAAAUAAUUUAAGUUCAAAUUUAUUGUCAUUCAACCAAACACAUAUAUACCGGCAAACAAGACAACAUUCCUCUAGACCAAGGUGCAUGGAAUAGUACAUAUAGCUCACACACAUAACACAUCAAGUAAUAUUACCACAAAUAAAUUAACAAGUAAUGAGGUGCAUAUACAAUACAAGUUAAAAAGUAAAUGGUAUAAUGCCACCGAUGCUUCAUAUGUGAUGAGACCUGGAUGGUGGCAGACAGUUCAGUAGUCCUCUACCCAGGUUAUAUUUUCAGAGAGCUAUUACAUUUUCAGAGACAUGAUGACUUUAAAAUAUAAGUUUUUAUCUUUCAAGGAACAAUAAUUCUAAAAAAUCUGUAUUUGUAAAAUGCUAAUAUGUUUUCCACAACCGCUCCAAAAAUAAAAUUUGCAGAAUUGAUAAAUCACAAAAUUGAUAAAUUACUAUUGCUUACAACUCGACAUGAGAAUUUAUCAGGCAGACUUGCUCAUACGUCACUACAGGUUUCAGCACCUUGGUCAAAGCAUUCAGAGUUAAGCGAUUUGUCAAAGGUAUGAGAUUUAAAAUAUAACCUAUCACAACACAGGCACUGAACAGGUCAGCAGGAACUUGUUCGCAUAUCUCUUGCCUUCCCUUCUCCUUCUGACUUGUUUUUAAUGGCAAAAGUUCAAAAGGUACAAGAAAUACUUGGUUGGAUGCAUCAUUUCUAUGAAUAAAACAAAAGGCACCAAAUCUAAGGCAAUCAUAGCAAGCUAAUAAAUAUCACAAAAAAUUGUACCACUUCAAUAGAAAUGAAACAAACAAUGCUCAUUCAACUUAUUUGGCUUCUUACAUGCCUAGAGAUACAGUUUACUACCUUAUGCUGCAAUGCUUUGCAAAUCAAAAAAACUCGUCAUUUCACAAAUGAACAAUAAAAUAAAAGCAAGUAAAACUCAGAAUCAAAUACAUCUGCUGUCCAUAUUUUCCUUGAGUUUCUCUCUUCUAGUUUUAACACUUCUUGCGGUACAACUCCCUAUCAGUGGCCUACUCACCUAUUAACUGAAUCAUAAUCUCCCUAUUUUUAUAUUCAAUUCCCCUAAUAAAUUAAUGCAUUUUGUUAGCCUUCCUAAUCACUUGCUGUAUCUGCAUAUUGCUUUGUAAACCACGCAGAGACUCAGAACUCUCCAACUCAUUUAACCUUAUAAAAUCCUUUUGUAGCUCCCUUGCACCGUCUUCGCGAUUUAUUUUCCGACCUACCUCUGAGUCAACAGGAAAUUUAACAAUAAUUAAUUUGGUACUUUCAUCCAUGUCAUUUAUAUAAAUUGAGAAUCCAGCACUGAUCCUCAAGACAUACAUAUUGCUACAACCAAAAAAGGCGCAUUUAUGACUGUUUUCUGAUUUUUGCUGGUCAGCCAAAUUUCUGUUCAUUCCAAUAAUUAUCUCCUACACCAAAAACUUUUAAUCUCUAUAAUAACCUUUGAUGUGACACGAGAUCGAACACCUUUUGGAAAUCUUAGUAUAUUCAAUGGUCCCUUUAUUUGCAGCGUUUACCAAUUAUUAUAAGCAAAAGAUAGAUGGCAUUUCAGUUAUGUGCCUACCCCACACAGAUCUCGGCAUUUUUUGUGAAAAUAUUUGUAGCAGCUCACAAACACUAUUAAGCUGCAUGAUACAAGUCUCAAUGUGUAUCCAUCCCUAUAGUAUGCAACAACAUGUAUUAGAGUGGACAAGAAAGUAGAAAAAGAAUUACAGAUCAAUAGGGAUAACAAAAAGAACAAAGAGUAAAUGGAAAUACAUAAUGUAAAUAAAGAUAGAGACAGUAAAAACCAAGGACUAAAAUGAAAAUGCAGCGAGGCAGACAUAAAUAGUAAGGUGCUAGCAGAAAAUACCUGGUAAACACUAGAAAGUUUGCAGAUGCUGGAAAUCCAAAGCAACACACACAAAAUGCUGGAGGAACUCAGCAAGUCAGACAGCAUCUACGGAAAUGAAUAAACAGUCGACGUUUCAGGCUGAGAUCUUCUUCAGGAUUGACAAGGAAGGGGGAAGAUGCCAGAAUAAAAACAUGAGGGAGAAGCAGGCUAGCUAGAAUGUGAUAGGUGAAGCCAGAUGGAUUGGAAAGAUAAAGGACUGAAGAAGAAGGAAUCUGACAGGAGAGGAGAGUGGACCAUAGGAGAAAGGGAAGGAGGAAGGAACCUAGGGGGAGGUGAUUGGCAGAUGAGAAGAGGUAAGAGGCUAGAGUGGAGAAUCAAGGAAGAGGAAGGAGGAGAGAAUAAUUUUUACCGGUUUAGAAAUUGGUAUUCAUACCAUCAGAUUGGAGUCUACCCAGAAAGAAUAUAAGGUGCUGCUCCUCCGCCCUGUGGAUAGUCUCAUCUUGGUACGAGAGGAGGCCUUGGACCGCUGUGUCGGAACAGAGCAUGUCAAAACGGGAUGGAAUUGCAUUUUAUUUUUGACACAGUUCAAAAGGUUCAAGAAGCACACUAGUUCAUUACAAAAGAAUUUAUUUAAAGCAGCAGCAUACCUAAUGUUAAUAAAAUGGCAUCACUUCAACGGCACCAAACUCAUUCCAGGCAGCAUAUGCGGUCACUUAAUAAGUUGACAAAUAUGAAACUAUAUUCUGCAAGAGCCAACAACAAAUAGAGGAAUAAAAAGGUAGGGACAAAAAUGUCCUCAAAUAAAAUGAAAAAUGAUUUAGAUAUCGCAGUUUUGUUAUGUUAGUUAAUUAGGUUUAGGCCCUCAGUCCCUUAAAUCUAUUCCACCAUUUAAUAAGAUCACUGCUGAUUUAACAGUAACCUCUGCUCUGCAUUCUCAUCUGCCUGUGGUAAUUUUUUACCUCAGUAUCUUUCACAAUUUAGCUAAAAUAUUUCAAAUCUCUGCAUUCACUGCUCUUUGAGGAAGGGGCUAGCAGGGUGACACAGCCCGAGUAGAUACUGCAUGAAGUUAAGUAUCGUCCCUAUGGGUUGCAGCCACGUGUUCUGGUUAUAUGCCAUAUUCCACAUACACGUUGGGUAAGUGGUUACUGUAAAUUAACUCAGUGCAUAUGAGUGACAAAAGAAUCAAGAAUGGGAGUUAAUUGGCAUGAAAAAAGAAUAAGUUGGAGUGAAGUGAGGAGGAGAAGGAGACUGAUGGGAUUGCUCUUUUAGAGCAGGCAUAAAGUUUAUCUGCAUCUUUCUGUACAUUGAUAAAGUAAGAGUUCCAAAGACUCAUGACAUUCUGAACAAAAACUUGCACCUCAUCUCUGACCAAUUUUAUUAAAUAAUAACCUUUGGCUCUUGCUUAUUCCACAAUCGGAAGCAUCUUCUCCACAUCUAAUCUGUCAAGACCCACUUCAGCAGUCCUCUCUCUCGCUUCUAAAAUCCAGUGAAGAUUAGAAUUCCCUCAUACGACAAUUUUCCAUCCAUGCCAAUAUGUUAUCUCUUGCACAUGAGCUUUUAUUUUCCAUUGUAACCUCUGAUACAAUACCUGACACAUUCCAAAAUCAAAGCUACUAAUAGUGUUCAGUGGAUUUAGAAUCAGGUUUAUUAUGACUGUUCUGAAUGUUGCUUUGUGGCAGCUGUACAGUGCAAAGACAUAGAAUUACUACAUUACAAAAUAAAUAAAUAGUUCAAAAAAGGAAUAAUUAAAUGGUGUUCCUGAGUUCAUUCACUUUUGAUAAAUCUGACAACAAAGGGGAAGAUGUUGUUCCUGAAUCAUAGAGUGUGGGUCUUCAGGCUCCUACACCUCCUCCCUGAGGAUCGAAAGAGAUGCAGAGGGUUAUAGACUCAGCCAGCUCCACCACCAGCACAACCCUCCCCAUGAUUGAGGAUAUCCGGAAAACGUGGUGACUCAGGAAAGUGGCAUCCAUCAUUAAGGAUCCCCACCAUCCGGCACAUACUCUGCCCUCAGUAUUACCAUUGGUUUAGUCCAGAAUCUCCACUUUGCCCAUGAGAUGGCUUUCCGGAGAUCAUACCUGGAAGUCUUGUAGCUUUCUUGAUCUCCAGACUUGAAUGCCUCUAUUUGGCCCUCAGCAGCUUCCGGAUUUCAUGGUUCUUUCAGGGCUUCUGAUUGGAGAAGAUCUUGAAUGAUUUUGAGGAGACACUCUCAUCUACAACUGUUUUAACCAAGUCUUUCACAACCCUGGUGUAGUCAUUCAGAUCCUCAAAUGAGUGCUUGAACUCAGCCUUGUUCAAUGACAAAACAAUCCUGCAGGCAUUCCUUUGCUUCCCACGACUACAUCUCAAUCUCUGGAGCCUUGCUUUUUAGGCUCUGCCUAUAUGCAGGUAGUAGGAGUACAGCCA